CCAACAAAUCUUCUCUAACUAUCUAUACUGAUGGUUCUAUCCAACAGAUGAACACAAACUUUGUCAAAUACGGUUCCGCCUGGACAACAUGGUCACCUGGCAUCAAUCAAACUGGUGCCCCAUCACAAU